AUGUCACAAGCUUCUUUUACUGGUUUUAUUUCAAUAGAAGACAUAAAAAAACCAAAAUAUGAUAUCAAUCAUCUGUUAGAUCCUAAUUAUGAUUCAUAUGUUAGAGAUAUAUUGCCUAUUAAAAUUUAAAACUUUGAAAUUAAGAGACUUGAAUGGGAUGACUUUACAGGUGAACCAAAUAAAGAUUCACCUUGGAUUGCUCAUAGUUAUUGGAAUAUUCAUUAUGAAUUACCUAAGAAAGAAAUAAGUAGAGCUUCUUCAAAUUAGAAAUAAUCGCCAACAGUUACUAACCAGAACAAUAUUAAUGCAAAUUUAAAUCAAUAACCUUAAAAAUUUUAAUUGUCACCUAAAAAUUAAACUUAAAUCACUAAAUAAUCUUCUGACAGAGUUAAUGUCAAAUAAUAAUCGCCAAAGCUACCUCCAAAAAGACCACUAUAACAAGAUAAUAAUUAAAAUAGAACUAAUAGUAGACUAUAGAACUAAAUACCAGCUCCAUCUCUUAGAAUAGCAAGUCUUUAAGGAGUCAAAAGAUAAUCAUAAUAGAAAAACUAAACACCUAAAUAAAAAUCUUCUAGAAGUAAUUCUAAUAAUGCUCUUAUGAAACAAUAAUCUCCAAGAUAAUCAUUAAAUGUCUUAGUUUGUUGUAAACUUAUGGAGAAGUCAUGGACUAAAUCAAAUUAGUAUGAUGAUUUACUAGAACAUGAAACUGGGCAUUAUUUAAUUGGAUGUUUAUGUGCUCUAGAAUUUAAAAGAAAAGCAGAAUAGAUGGAAUUAGGAAAUACAGAAAUUAAAUAAUUAUUUCAAAAGAAUUUUAGAACAUUCCUUAAAAUAGAAAAGGAUUAUGAUGAAGAAACAAGCCAUUAUUGUAAUUGGAGAAUGUAAAUGAAAUGGAAUAGAAAAAUUAAAGAACAACUUUUGUUGUAUGAAAUGUAUUUUAAUAAUUGA